AUGACCCAAGUCUGUUUGCUGGACUCCGAUCGCUUAUCUUCGCUGUUACGAGAAGCCCUACAUUGGAGUGAAAAUGUCUCUUCCCUUAUGGUCUCUGCUCUGAACGGAUCAAUACUCGCAUAUGCCUACAGGGAUACCACGCCAUCGAUCAAAGCUAUGCGCACUCAAUCUACCACCAUGACUGCAGCUUACACGGUCGCGUCGGAGGAUGUUCUCGUGGUUGAGGCACAAAACAUGGGAGCCAUCUCUGUCAUAGCGCCUGUUGCGGAUCAUGUGCUGCUGGCUGUGACAGGGCCCGAACCGAAGCAGAAACCGUCGCUUGAGAAUGGUCUUGAGUCGUCUCAAGAGCAUGCGCAGAUGACCAACGGAAUUAAACGUCAUCCAGAAGAGGAAGAGGAGGGCGAGAGUGAUAUUCAGGACGAGGAGGACAGAGAUACACAGAAAAUUCGGGAAGACCUCGAGGCUGUAAGCCAGGAACUGACGAGUAUACUAAGGGAAGAGCUGGCUGUUAUGAAGUGGCCCGAUGAUAUCUGA